AUGACUAGUGAAAGAAGAUCAUUGGAUGAGAAAGUCUUAGAAAAAUCAGCCUCUGAUAUGGAGAAAAACGUAUCUGAUGUUGAAUAUGGAACUAAAGAGUCAGAAGUUGAAAAUCAACUUCAUUUACUUGAUUCCAACACUUCUACAGAAUAUAUCAAAAGUAGAGGGGUUAAAAGAAUAGAAAAUGUUAAAACUAUGAUCAGUAGUUCACCUAAGGGUAAAAGUAUCAUGAUAGGUUUAUGUAUUUGUUUGUUAGUGGUUGCUUGGGCCCAUGCUUUUGAUUCUUCUACUACUUACAAUUAUUCAGUUCCUGCUACUUCAAGUUUUAACAGACAUUCUAUGAUUUCAACUUUAAGUAUAGCUACCUCCCUUAUCUCCUCCAUCAUGAGACCUAUCUUAGGUAAGAUGGCCGAUAUCACCUCCAGACCUUGGUGUUAUGCCUUAUCAUUGGUUAUUUAUACUUUAGGAACCAUCAUAGCUGCAUCUUCUUCUACUAUUGGGGCUUAUAUCAUCGGAGAAGUUCUUACAUCUGUUGGGGUUACAGGUAUUUCCUUCAUGAAUAGUGUUAUUGUAGCUGAUUUAACUACUUUGAAAUGGAGAGGGUUGAUGUUUGGUAUUCUCUCAACUCCUUAUUUGAUUAAUACUUGGUUUGCGGGAUUGAUCGUUCAAGCUAUCUUGAAGACCAAUUGGAGAUGGGGUUUUGGUAUGUUUGCCAUUAUUAUGCCUGUAGCUGUAGCACCAGCUGUUAGUGUUAUUGCUAUGUUUGAACACAAAGCCCAAAAACUUGUCACUAAGGAGAAAAAGCCCAAAAAACCUUGGACUGCCAUUAUUUAUAGAGCUUUGAUCGAUAUUGAUGCUUUGGGAUUGAUCUUGUUGGGAUUCGGAUGGUCCCUUUUAUUACUUCCUUUCUCCUUAUACAGUUACGCUGAUAAUGGUUGGAGAAACCCUAGUAUUAUCGCCAUGAUAGUCACGGGAUUCGUUAUCUUGGUACUUUUCGUGAUCUAUGAAAAUACUAUCUGUCCAAAAUCAUGUAUGCCUGCCAGAGUAUUGAAGAAUAAGACUUUCAUUGCCUGUGCUUUAAUCGAUGCAAUGUAUUUGAUGGCCGGACAAGUCCGUGGAUUAUACUUAUCCACCAUUGUUUGGGUAACCAAAGACAUUUCUGAUCAGAACUGGACUUAUUUCAAUAACAUCAUGACCAUGUCGUUAUGUUCAUUCGGUGUCCUUGCUGGUGUUAUCUGUAGAGUCACUCAUCGUUAUAAGUACAUGCAAGUAUGUGGAUUAGCUGUUAAAGUAUUAGGUUAUGGGUUAGCCAUUAGACCUCAAGGUCAAAUAGCUCCAUUAGCAGCUUUCAUAAUGGCUCAAAUUAUCAUUGGGUUUGGUGGAAGUUUCGGGGUCAUAGGUACUCAAUUAUCUUCCCAAGCUUCUGUUCCUCAUGAAGAUAUGACCUUGGUUAUGGGGAUGUUAUCAUUAUUCUCCAAUAUUGGUGGUGCCAUUGGGUCGUGUAUCUCUGGACCCAUUUGGACUUCUAAAUUACCAGGUUACUUGAGAGAAUUCAUCCCCCAAGAUACCCCUGAUGCUGUGGUUCAAGGUUACUUCACUAAUGUUUCUUCCUUAAGGGCUUUACCUUAUGAUAGUCCCGAUAGACAGGGUGCCAUCAAGGCUUAUUCUUAUGUUGCUUAUUACCUUUUCAUCAUCGCUGUUUGUUUAGAAGCUCUUGAAUUCUUAUUAAGUUUCCUCCAAACUAACUAUUACUUGGGUGAUACUCAUAAUGCCGUUGAAGACCAACAUGGUAAAGAUCCUACCGAUCCAACUAAGGAUGCUGUAGCUCCACAAACCAAAAAAGAGAAGUUCUUCCAUCUUUUUAAAUAG